AUGACAAAGAUAGUAAAUUCUAAAGAAGAACUAAUAGACAUCGACGAUGAAGCACAGAAUGCAAACCAACAGAUUGGUUACGCUUGGGAGGAGGAGUACAAGCGUAGCUGGGAUGUUUUACAGGAGGACGAAGACGGAGGUUUAAAACAUACAGUUGAACAUCUUCAAAAUCGCAAACGAAAGAGGCUAGAACGUGAUACAUCUAUAAUUAAACGUGGGAUUAUAAGACACAUGUUUCUGAUCAUAGAUCUAUCUGAAGCCAUGCUGGAAAAGGAUCUCCGACCUUCUCGGUUGGAUUUAACACUAUCUUAUGCAGAACAAUUCAUUUUAGAGUUCUUUGAUCAAAAUCCUAUAAGUCAACUUGGGGUUAUUGUUUCAAAAAGUGGUGUUGCAGAAAAACUUAUGGGGUUGACCGGUAAUCCUAUGGAUAAUAUAAAUGUUUUAAAAAAAAGGAACAUUGACACGGAUGGUGAGCCUUCCUUACAGAAUGCUCAUGUUCCAGCUCAUGGAUCACGAGAAAUAUUGAUAAUAAUGGGAUCCCUGACGUCGUGUGAUCCUGGAGAUAUUAAUGAAACAAUUGAUAACCUAGUAACAGAGAAUAUACGUGUUUCGAUUGUCGGAUUGGCAGCAGAAGUUCAGAUAUGUAAGAUUAUGUGUAAAAAAACUAAAGGGACAUACGGGGUUGUUCUUAACGAAGCACAUUUUAAAGAUUUACUUUUUGAAAUAAUACCACCACCUCCAGUAUCUAUUGUCAAAAGUAAAUCAGAAUUAGUCGUUAUGGGAUUUCCAAGGGGGGUUACUGAGUCGGUACCCUCAUUUUGCGCCUGCCAUUCGAAGCCCGUUUCUGGUGGUUAUUUAUGCGCUCGAUGUAAUUCAAAAAUAUGUGAUUUGCCUACCGAUUGCCCAAUAUGUGAAUUGACUUUAGUGUCAAGCCCUCAUUUAGCACGGUCAUAUCAUCACUUAUUUCCGGUUGCAAAUUUUGAAGAGGUUCCUUGGAGCAGCGCUUUAACGACACAUUGCUUCUCAUGCCAAAUGCCUUUUCCAACUCAACCGCAAGUUAUGAAAGGACGCAGUAGUAAUAUAACAUCAAUAGAUUCUAGCGGGAGAUAUAAUUGUCCCAAAUGCAAGAAACAUUUUUGCAUUGAAUGUGACACGUUUAUACACGAAGUCAUACAUAAUUGUCCCGGGUGUCUUUCAUCAUCAGAAAAUAGCAUAUAA